UGGCUGGACGUUAGGUAUUUUUUUCAAAAGACCAAAGACAGAGGUGCUCGUUUCUGAACGUUUUCUAAUUUUUCCAGAAACCAAGCAGAAGAUUGAGCUGCUGAUGUCAGUUAACUCUGGAAAGUCGUCCUCUUCAGAAAGGCCAGAGCCUCAACAAAAAGCUCCCGCUGUUCCCCCUCCUCCACCACCACCCCCACCUCCUCCACCAGAGCCUGUUCCACCGGAGCCGGAGGAGGAAAUCCUAGGAUCUGAUGAUGAAGAGCAGGAGGAUCCGGCUGACUAUUGUAAAGGUGGCUACCAUCCAGUGAAGAUUGGGGAUCUAUUCAAUGGGCGAUACCACGUAAUUAGAAAACUAGGAUGGGGACAUUUCUCUACAGUAUGGUUGUGCUGGGACAUUCAAGGAAAAAGGUUUGUGGCCAUGAAAGUGGUAAAGAGCGCCCAACAUUACACAGAAACAGCCCUGGAUGAAAUUAAAUUACUCAGAUGUGUACGCGAAAGUGACCCCAGUGAUCCCAACAAGGACAUGGUUGUACAGCUAGUUGAUGAUUUCAAAAUUUCUGGCAUGAAUGGAAUACAUGUCUGCAUGGUGUUUGAAGUGCUGGGCCAUCACCUUUUAAAAUGGAUCAUCAAGUCCAAUUAUCAAGGACUUCCUAUUCUUUGCGUGAAAAGUAUUAUUCAGCAGGUGUUACAGGGUUUAGAUUAUCUACACAGCAAAUGCAAGAUCAUCCACACAGACAUAAAACCAGAAAAUAUUUUAAUGUGUGUAGACGAAUCCUAUAUUCGGCGAAUGGCUGUCGAAGCUACAGAAUGGCAAAAGGCCGGUGCUCCACCACCGUCUGGUUCAGCAGUCAGCACUGCUCCACAGCAGAAACCGGCUGGGAAAAUGUCUAAGAACAAAAAGAAGAAGCUGAAAAAGAAGCAGAAACGACAGGCGGAGCUUCUUGAGAAGCGCAUGCAGGAGAUCGAAGAGCUGGAGAGAGAAGCAGAGAGGAAGAAGAUGGAAGAGCUUCUGACAGCCGUUACACCAAAUGACCAGGAAGAAGGAGAAAAAGCGGUGGAGCUGAAGGAAACCGUAUUAGAUCACGUGGCAGAUGAGGCACAAGAGAAUGAAUGCAAUGAAGACGAUCAGGGAGAAAAGGAAGAUGCCGAGAAAGAAGAAGUGAAAAAAGAUGAAGCAGAAACUACUGCUGCCAGGACAGAGCCAGAAUGGGCCGAAUCACCAAAAACAAACGGGCACGUCGAAAAUGGUCCUUUUCUAUCUGACCAGCUCUAUGAGGAGGAAGAAGAGGAGGACGAGGAGGAGGAGGAUGAUGAAGAUGAUGAGGAGGACGAAUGUCCGACUGCAGAAGACAGUCCCGUCGGGCCAAACACUGAAACUUUUACCUACAGUAACCCCUACGGACAGUUCAACGGAGAGUUACAAAAUGGGAGGCACAAGAGUCCUGAGUCACAGUUCUCUGAAAUGUCUGAGUCGGUUUUCUCCAGGCUUUUAGAAUCUGCAGCCUGUGGAUCAGGUGGAUCAGAUGGGUCAACAGCCACGGAGAGAGAAGAUAGUAGCCCAUCACAAGACAGGAGUAGAACCGUGUCCGCAUCCAGCACUGGGGACAUGCCAAAAACAAAGGUUCGAGCAGCGGAUUUGCUGGUAAAUCCACUUGAUCCAAGAAAUGCAGAGAAAAUUAGGGUUAAAAUAGCAGACCUAGGAAAUGCUUGUUGGGUUCAUAAACACUUCACAGAAGACAUCCAGACGAGACAGUAUCGAUCGAUAGAAGUUCUAAUUGGUGCUGGGUACAGUACACCUGCAGAUAUCUGGAGCACAGCCUGUAUGGCGUUUGAACUUGCAACUGGAGAUUACUUAUUUGAGCCUCAUUCCGGUGAAGAUUAUUCUAGGGAUGAAGACCACAUAGCACACAUCAUAGAGCUACUAGGCAAUAUCCCAAGACACUUUGCUCUUUCUGGGAAAUAUUCUCGAGAGUUCUUCAAUCGCAGAGAUCACAUAGCUUUGAUCAUUGAACUACUGGGGAAAAUCCCUCGAAAGUUCGCAAUGUCGGGGAAAUAUUCCAAGGAGUUUUUCACCAAAAAAGGGGAGCUGAGGCACAUUACAAAGCUGAAACCCUGGAGCCUGUUUGACGUGCUCGUAGAGAAAUACGGAUGGCCUCACGAAGAGGCUGCACAGUUCACUGACUUCUUGCUGCCCAUGUUGGAAAUGGUUCCUGAGAAACGGGCGUCAGCUGCAGAAUGCCUCAGACACCCCUGGCUUGGUUCCUAGCAGCCUUCACCAGACUUCUUAUGGAGCAACGACUGCUCCAGUGUUCAUCGUGGGACCUACCAAGGUGGCCGUCAUCCUAAGGCAAACUCUCAAACAAUAGGGGUGUAAAGGAGAUGGCUUCAACAUCAGAACCAUUGUUCACUCUGAAAUACUGUUAAUGUUUGAAACUUUGCUUUCGUGCACUGUGUGUUUGGGGGAAGGGUAGUUUUUGUCUUUAGCAAGAGGUAGUUGACCGACUGACUCUGUGCUGAAACACUUAACAUGUCUUGAUGCUUUGUCUCUUGUGUCGCCUGACCUUCACAUGUCCUAACAGAAAGUGAUGAGAAAAAUAUUUGUGUUUUUUUCAUGUGUUUCGAUAUUUUUUGUACUUAUUUAUGAAAAAUUGUUUUAGCUGAUAAUGCAUAUUAAAUAUUGAAUGAUGAGAAGGUAGAACGGAGGAGCUACUAUAUCAAGUGAGGAAGUAGCUGAGAUAUUGCAAAGCGCUGUACAAUUGUAUCCAAUAGGAAAGGGACAUUAUUCUUGUAUAAUGUGAGUAGAUUUCCCUGUAAAAUUCUUUCCGUAAAAUACAGAAAUGGGACUUAAAAAAAAAAGCUAUAAUGAAUGCCACUUGGCUAAGAAAAUGCAUGUGUUGGAGCUUGUCUGCUUACAAAAAAAGACUGUAAAUUUUCCAUUUGUUGUCUCGGUUAGCGUUGUGUUGCUGGGAUAUGCCUUGUAAUACUUAUACCAACAGACCAUUCCUAAAACAGCACUUUAUAGGUGGCUUUGCCUGGCCACAAGUAUGCUUUGUACUAUUUGCAAUAGUCCCUUAGAUUCUCUGCCCAUAUUUAUCACACAAAUACCCAGAAGAAGUUCCCCCUAAAUGAAACGUUACAAAAAUGUCCUUGGUUCAACGCUGUAGUUAUAUACCCUAAAACAGAGGAUUACAGUGAUUUCCCGUACUAAAGAUGUCGAGAGAGAAGGGGAAAAUGAAGAAGAAAAAAAAGGACUUUUCUACGUGCAGAGUUACUAUUUUGUCACACAAAAAAAUUUAUAUGUUAAAAAUAUUUUGGUGUCUCAUUUGAGAAAAAAAGAAAAAAUCGACUUGUAAAUGAAAAUGAGACUGUAAAUGAAAAUAAAAAUGGAUAUCAUACAAUGUCAUUAAAACAAUUUGCAGUGCAGCUGACCCCAUAGAAUAAUUAGUUCAGUGGAAACUCGCUAUUGCUAGACAAUAGAUUGGCCUAUUUUUCCCUUACUAGUAAGGUGCCCUCAGUAGUGGGUGUGGGAUUUUGGUCACCAUGAGUUCAAAUGGGGGAGGAAAAAAAUACUGAAGAAUAGUGAGUUGCCCUGAUUAUUGAGUUGUCUACAAAGUGAGGUCCUACUGUGUAAAAAGGAAAGCUGUCUGUUUACAGCAUUGCUCUCAGCAUCAGACAGUAGCACAACAAAUUGCACUGGUCUUUGUAGCUUUUUCAGGGAUUAACAAUGUAAAUAGGAAGUAUUUUUUUUAAUUACCCAGUAAAGCAUUGCAUUCUUGAAAUGUUAGUUCAAAUGUUUUCUCUGUUGCCGUGUGAAAUGAAAGAUUUGUUCGGGAGCAGAAUGUUGUGGUCGAAUGCAAUAUCGACAUUUUCUAUGUCGAUGGCAGUGACCUUUUCCAUAUGUCAGAUCUUCAAGUGUACACUGGUCUGUGUCCAAGCUCAAUGAUGCAAAAGUGAACCGGUUGGUUUUAUUCCCAUUUUCCACGUUAAUAAUGGUGCCACCCGUUCCUGAAUCUACCUAUUACCAGUUUAUCCAUCUGCCUUUGCAAUAACUAGAUUGUGGACAAAAAAAGUUCUGGUAUUGUAACAGUAGCCAAUUGUUUGUAUGUUGAGGUGCUUGUAAUUGUCUAAUUAAACUGUUUUGUUUCCACGAAUUGUGCUGCUCAUUGGAAUGGCAAUGAUGAGAUAAUUUGCAAUAAACUUCACACCAAUGUUUAGCCCUGUU